CCACCCGUCUCGAUGCCGGGCUCGCUAGCGACGCCGACGCCCUCGCCGCAGCUCCUGCGCACGCCAGCGAAAGCGGAGAUCACUCACGCGUUCCUGAGCGUGCUGCCGGCCUCGGUGCAGCAGACGCUGCUGCUGACGGCGAUCAAGAUGCACCCUGACAUCUACACGCUCGCGGUAGCGGCGCGCGCGGAGGAGGCGGCGCGGCAGGCGGCGGCGAUCCAUCUCAGUUUCGACGAGCUCGCCAAGACGUGUUGGCACGAGAUCAACUCCGCCUACAGGGGCCUGCGCGACUCCCAGCUCUACACGAUCGCCGGAAAGGUCCGCGAGACCGUCCUCGAUAUCCUCCGCGACGAUAUCCUGGCCAAGGUCGCCGACGAUAGCAGCUACGAGACGAAACGCAGUGCCCUCGAGACCCUGCGCAAGAUUGGAAAGACGUGCUGGAUGGCUCAGCUGAGAUACAUCGAUGAGUGUGUCGCCGACGACGAGGUGAUGAAGGUCAUCGGUGACGGCAUGGAGGGCGUCGCCGAGAGCAUGAGCAUCGGCGAGAGGAUCCUGUUCCUCGACGAUAAUCCGCUGUGGCUCGAAAGCUGCUCCGAGCUCUGGAACAUGUGGGUCGCGGACGAAAAUGUCGCCGUCAGGCUGGACGGCGGGCUGGCCGAGGUUAUGAGGCUGUUUGGAGAAAGUAUCCCGACGGGACUUCAGUGAUCUCUCUCGCGAGUGCGUUGCGUUGGGAUCUUUUUUUUUCCUCGAAAGCCUGCAGUCGGUCGGGACGUCGGGACGGGGACGUGCACAUAUAAAAGGGAUAUGGAGUUUUAAUUGGCGGCAUUUUUUCGAGGGCGUUUGGGAUGUUGUGCUCUGAUAGUGAUUUCGGUGACGAUGACAGUAUAUAGAUUAGAUAUCACUAAUAGAGAAUAGAGGUGUGUACUUUAUUGUUGCAAGUUGGACG